AUGCAGAUGCAACAGCGCAUGCGCAAACGCAUGCGCAAACGCGUGCGCAAAGGUAUGCGCGAUGGCAUUGUUAAACAACUAAUGGACCACGAGGCAGACUUUGAAUCGAGAGAGGACUGCUUCCGCGAAGUUGAAGAAUCUCUCAAGAUUUCUUUACCGAUUUCCCUGAAGAAUGUGUUGAGAAUGAACGCAUUCAACAAUGCUGCCGUAUUACGCGAUAUCACUGAGAAAGAUUUUGAAGAUAUGGAGAAAUUUAUGGCAUCUGAGACAACUCAAGAAUUGAUUCCAAAAAGCGAAUAUGAGCAAUAUUACGGCAUUUUUGACACAAAUCCUGAAAAAUUCCAAUUUUUGCUUGGUCAUAAGAAGCUGCUGUUGUUAAUUAGGAAUUUCUUCAGAGAAAAACUCGAGAAACGCGAUGCUAGAUCUGAGAUGGAACCUCAAACUGAUAAACGGAGGACACUGAACAAUCUACAAUACACUUCAAAUCCUACUUCAUCUGCGAGCUCAUCUGUGAUUUUAGCUACAGACUUGACCAGCGAAAAUAAACAAGUUGCCCAAACGGUGAGAAAUUGGAUCAAGGGCAAAUGCACUUCUGAUAAGCAAUGGGAAUACUUCAAAGACAAAUUCUCACAGAUGUCCUUCGAGAUAAAACUAAAUACGCGAAACGACUUGUGCUGUACCAUGACGUGUUAUUGUAUGAGCAAAUAUAAAAUUGUAAAGUCCGCUCAAAAAAUGAGAUAUUCUGAGCGAUGGGUUUAUGGAAAUUUUCAUAAACAUCUGAUCAAACACUUCAAUCAGUCAAAUGAAGCAGUAUCGAUUGAAAAUCCAGUCAAACACAACCGACCGGUAAAUGAAUUCACCAAAAAUGAACAGGGAACGAAGAAACAGCACUCCAAACAGCCAGGAAUAAUGAAUUAUUUCACGAUGUCAGGAGCAAGUCGUGUUACUACUCACAUUAACACUGACUCCUCGAACCCCUCUUGCACUGAAGAAUCAACUGCACGAAAUGAAUCCGACAUCAUUUCGGAAUUAAACAAUGAAGUGGUAGAAAGUAGAGAUUCAUUACUCCAUGUUAUGGACAGAGGAUCAUAUGAAACUGUUGAGCAAGAAGCACAUUCACCAAAUAUUGGACCAAAGAUCAAUAUUUUGAGUAAUCAAGUGAUUACUGUUCAGGCAAUGGUUCAUUCCUGUGCUGAUGGAAACCCUCCUCGUGAAUUCCCUCAAAAAAAUAUGAAUUCGAUGACUGAUUCCGAGUUGAAUGCUGAUGAAGAAAAGCCGAUGGAAAAUGGCAAUAAUAAGACGAUGGGCAAAUGGAGAUCCGAAAAAUAUCAGAGAAAGGCGAGGACGAGAAGAAAGCUAGAAAGCAAAAUUGUCAAUCAGCCAGUUAUAACUUCAUUUUUACCACUACUUAGCACAGUGGAAAAAGAAGUAGAGAAUAUUGUCGAUGUUACCCAUGGAAACGACACUGAAACUAUGCAUGCUACGCUUGGGGGUCAAAUCAGUGAGAAGUCCGAAGAAGGAGUUUUCGAUUAUGAUGGACUUUGCAAGUAUCUGGAAGAUAGAAAUCUGCCAAAGGUUGUAUGGAUAAGUGAAGACGGGACCCGAGUUACUGGCAGAAUCGAAUAUGACUCGAAAAGUAACAAGCUAGUUGGUUUCACCCUACCUUUGAUUGAUGGCUUACCCAAAACAAACACGUUCAUUGCCACAUCUGCAAAAGCAAUUCAAGAUUACUUUCUUUCAAGUUCUAAAUCAAAUUAUGCCUAUGUAGUGAUGGCUCAGCCUCUGUCAAAAUCUGCUCCACCAUUUUGUCUCGUUAUUUUCGGAACAGAUAAUAAGUUUGAUUCAAACGAUGUCACAAAAAGAUGGGAACAUAUCAAAGAAAACCUAAGAAGACGUGGUAUAACGGUAUUAGGUUUCUCCAGUGAUGGUGACACCCGGCUGUUGAAAACAAUGCGUCAGCAUGCUUCACUCCCACCACAAGUUGAUGAUAGUACAUAUAUGUGGCAAUGGUAUCAAGCAGGAUACAAAAAGGACGAUCCUUCCUAUGUACAAGAUACUGUACAUAUUGCAACAAAACUACGCACAAGAUUCCUCAAUUCUAAGGUGACGUUAAUAAUUGGAUCAUUCACUGCGAAGCCUGAGCAUUUGAAGCAGCUAAUUGAUAAUUUCUCAAAAGAUAAACAUUUGUUGACAGCCUCAGAUUUGAAAGCAGAAGACAAAAUGUGCUUCAGAUCUGCAGAAAAGAUGAGCUCUGAAUCAGUAAUUCAAUUGCUUAAAGAUAUUCCCGGAAGUGAUGGUACACGGGCGUAUCUCCGAUUGAUGCAGUAUGCUAUAGCAUCUUUCAUGGAUCCUUCUUUAGAUACGAUUAAGAAGAAACGACUGCGAAUCAAGAGACCCAAAAAGAACACAAGCAAAAAAUCAAAUUCCGAAUCUUCAGAUGAUGACGAAUCGAGUGUUGAAUACGAUGAUAGUACAGACACUGAGAAUUUUUCUGAUGAAACUGAUGAAAAUAUGAUUUCUUCUGAUGAAAUUCCUCCCGGUCAACUUACAGUUGAUGAGACAAAUAGCAACUUGGCAGAUUCUAUUCAACCGGAAUGUGGAAAAUUCUAUGCUAUUUAUUACGAAGAACGAUGGUAUCUGGGCUCAAUAUCUAGAAUCGUUGAUAGUGAAUAUGUCGUGAAAUUUCUAAGAAAAAAACGAGGGAGUGAAACAAAAUUCUUGUGGAAGAAACCAGAUGAUAUUUCCACAGUUUUGAGACAAUACAUUUUUUAUGGACCAAUAGAGGCCGAUGAACACAUUGAAGUCUUACAACUGAGUGAUUUGCAGCUAGCUGAAAUCAAUCAAAUUUAUUCAAAAAUGAAGAACAAAUAA